AACGAAUUCGCCCUCUGUUUCGAUACGUCCAACAUGUACUUUUCUCUCGCUUUUCUCCUUUCGGGUUUGGCACUCGUCAGCCCUGUCUUGUCAGAGGUCUGCAAAGGGCAGGUCACGCUCAGCGAGUACUAUAUUGGAGUGGACAAGAACGUCAAGGUCGAGACUGUGUCCUGCCCCGAGAUCUCUCACGCUAAGCGCAGCGACUUGUCUUCCCGCCAAGCUUCGGGUGCUACCAAUGUCUGUGGCGCAGAGUGUGACACCUCCUGUUUCACUCCCAGUGGGGGUGGCCCGGAUCCUAAUGAGUGCCAUGUCAUUGCUGAUGCACUCCGCUAUGACAGUGAAAAUACUGGAACCUACUUCGAUGUUAAUAACGGGACCGCUGGCGAUAAUAUUGUUGUCAUGACUUAUAACAGCUGCGAGACCUUCUUUGCCAAUCAAGCGGACGGGGUUCUGGAGUACUGUCGUACUGACUGGGCCUCUGUCAUUGACUGGGUGGCUCCGAACUGCCAAUCCACCCAGAAUGCGCAUGGUGGAGACUGUAUUGCUAGUGACCAAACGUGGUUUAUCCAGGUCCAGCACUCUUAAAGCAGUCGACCACUUGACCGUUCGUGAAAGAAACGUUGCAAGACAGGGAAUUUUUAAUUGUUAUAUCAAAUCUUGCACGUACUUGGACAUGCAUACCACUUCGUCUUUCGUUACCAGUUAAAUACUGAAUCUGUUUGAACCACAUUUCUUAUCGUUGGCCUUAUUUCAUGGCUACCUGCAAGACCUUCGCGCACUCGACUAAGUCGUGAGGAUUGUCCUGAUUAUUUAUUUAAAUCAACCGUUGAACAUAUUCGUUUCGUUCGUGGGUCGAACGAUAGAAUUUCCA